AUGUCGUGCAUGUUUGAACAUUACAUUUGCACUGACAAUUUUUUUUUCCAUUUUUCCCCCUUUUUUUUCCUCUCCUUCGCGCCCGACUCUCCAAUGCCUCUCAAUUUCGACUCCUACGUGUCUGCCGAGCGACACGACGACCCCAGCCAGCCCGAGCUCAAGGAUGCGCGCAAAGUCACCAAAAAGUUCCUCGAGGACAACUCGCUAGUGCACUUUGACAAGUCCACGCUGGUGUAUGGCAAUUGCAUUUCUGAAACCUACGCCGAUAUGGAGGACUGGAAACUGGUGGCGGAGAACUUCGCCAAGGAGCUGGCGGUGUUUAUGCCCACGGCGAAGUUCGACCCCGAAAACGACGCCCGCAUGCAGAAGACAGGGUUCUCCGAAGACAUGUUUGUGUGGUUUGUGGUUCGGGGCGUGCCUCUCAAUGCCACUGGAGGCAUUGCCCAGGAUAUUUUUGUGCCGUGUCAGAAGCUGGACGACUUUCCGGCCCUAGUGUUGGUGGAUGAGGUUGAGUAG